AUGCUAGGUGUAAACAUUCGAGGUGGAACCAUUCUACGUGUCGCCCCUUCUUUCCACUCUGCUCCAAUUUCUUCGUUUCUUUGCUUCUUUUCUCUCUUUAUCUAAUCCAUUUUCUUCUCUUUUUCAUUCCUUUUGUGAGUUUUGGCUUCAAAAGCUUGAAUAUUUUAUCACAAUGUGUGGCAUACUUGCUGUGCUUGGUUGUUCUGAUGACUCUCAAGCCAAAAGGGUUCGCGUCCUUGAGCUUUCUCGCAGAUUGAAGCACCGUGGCCCUGACUGGAGUGGGCUCCACCAACAUGGUGAUAACUUUUUGGCUCAUCAACGUUUAGCAAUAGUUGAUCCAGCUUCUGGUGAUCAACCUCUCUUCAAUGAAGAUCAAUCUAUCAUUGUCACGGUGAAUGGAGAGAUAUUCAAUCAUGAAGAACUCAGGAAACAAUUGCCAAAUCACAAGUUCAGAACAGGAUGUGACUGUGAUGUCAUUGCACACCUGUAUGAGGAGCAUGGAGAAAACUUUGUGGACAUGCUGGAUGGUAUAUUUUCAUUUGUUCUGCUGGACACCCGCGACAACAGUUUUUUAGUUGCAAGGGAUGCUAUAGGGGUCACUUCCUUAUACAUUGGUUAUGGACUAGAUGGGUCCGUUUGGAUUGCAUCAGAAUUGAAAGGGCUGAAUGAUGAUUGUGAACAUUUUGAGUUAUUUCCACCCGGUCACUUGUACUCUAGCAAGGAAAAAGAGUUCCGUAGAUGGUACAACCCUCCAUGGUUCUCUGAGGCUAUUCCAUCAGCCCCUUAUGAUCCACUAGCUUUGAGGCAGGCCUUUGAAAAGGCUAUCAUAAAAAGGUUGAUGACUGAUGUGCCUUUUGGAGUUCUAUUGUCUGGAGGUUUGGACUCUUCAUUGGUUGCAUCCGUCACUGCCCGCUACCUGGCAGACACAAAGGCUGCCAAGCAAUGGGGAUCAAAAUUACACUCAUUCUGUGUGGGCCUGGAGGGAGCACCAGAUCUGAAGGCUGCAAGAGAAGUAGCUGACUAUAUAGGAACUGUCCAUCACGAGUUUCAAUAUACUAUUCAGGAUGGGAUUGAUGCCAUUGAGGAUGUCAUCUAUCAUGUUGAAACUUAUGAUGUCACAACCAUCCGUGCUGGCACUCCAAUGUUUCUGAUGUCCCGAAAGAUCAAAUCAUUGGGAGUCAAAAUGGUACUCUCUGGAGAAGGAUCUGAUGAGAUCUUUGCGGGGUAUCUGUACUUCCACAAGGCACCCAACAAAGAAGAGCUCCACCAAGAAACAUGCAGCAAGAUCAAAGCACUCCACAAAUAUGAUUGUUUGCGUGCCAACAAAUCUACAUAUGCUUGGGGUUUGGAAGCGCGAGUGCCGUUUUUAGAUAAGAAGUUUAUCGAUGUUGCUAUGGGCAUUGAUCCUGAAAAUAAAAUGAUAAAACGAGACGAAGGACGAAUUGAGAAAUGGGUACUGAGGAAGGCCUUUGAUGAUGAAGAGAAUCCUUAUCUUCCUAAGCACAUUCUGUAUAGGCAGAAAGAACAAUUCAGUGAUGGAGUUGGCUAUGGUUGGAUUGAUGGGCUGAAAGACCAUGCUGCAAAACAUGUGACUGAUAAAAUGAUGCUCAAUGCAUCUAACAUUUACCCCUUCAACACUCCCAAUACCAAAGAAGCCUAUUAUUACAGGAUGAUCUUUGAGAGGUUCUUUCCUCAGAACUCCGCCAGGCUCAGUGUUCCUGGAGGAGCCAGUAUUGCAUGUAGCACAGAGAAAGCUAUUGAGUGGGAUGCUGCAUGGUCCAACAACCUUGAUCCUUCUGGAAGAGCAGCACUUGGAGUGCAUGAUUCAGCUUAUGACGACCAGUUGAAUAAGUCAGUGAGCAAAGGUGUUGAACCAGAGAAAAUUAUACCCAAGAUGGAAGUUUCUCCUCUUGGAGUUGCCAUCUUGAGCUAGUAGUAUGAAAUUUUGCCUGCUGUUUAUUUUAUCCAGGCAAAUGCUAUAUAUGUAUAUUGAUAAGGCUUCUCUCAACCUAGUUGUCUAGAGCCAGUUUGGAUUUCUGUUAAUACGUGAUCCAAAUAGUGUUCACCUGAAAGCCAAAAAUAGUUAGAAUGUGUACUGAGCUCAGGAAUCUUGUACACAAACUAUGAGUGUUAUGUUGCUGUGAUAUCUACAUGUUGUAAUCAUCUUGAGUUGCUGUAAUUUGAAUAAUCAUAAUGCAUUUUCUAUGCAAUAAAAGUUGUGUACUUUUCUAAAAA